AGUUGCAGUGUAAAUGUGCUAAGUUGACUCCAAAGAUCCGUCAAUGAAUUCUGAAAACAGAUGGAUUAACUGAGCAAUUUAGAGGAUUUUUGUACUCGAAAAUGAUUGUCAACGAGACAUAAAGGCAUAUUUUGUGGAGCUGCGAGACACUCCAGCAUGAAUUGGACAAACUGCCUUCGCUAUCAGUCUUGAUAUGUCGAGCCUGGGAGCGUUUGUUGGUGGGCCCCUGGGAGAGGAAGAUGUUGAAGAGUUACGCUCCGAGCGUUCCAUACGAGGACUCAAGUCUCAAGAAGAAAUCGAAAGACUUACUGUUGACGAGAGUCUCGAUGACAUUGAGCGGGCCGUGUUACUAUUAAGUUCUGGAGUGGAAAUUCAAAAGCUUAGCGUCAUAAAUAACUUACCUAAACUCCUUGAGAAGAACAGUGCUGAUGUAAAUAGACGAGCUGUACCAGUUCUUCGGGAGUACCUGUACAUUGCUCCCCUCCACGUUCAGCUUGAAGCCACCAAGUCUUUUGCAAGCAUCAUUCAAAAUGGAACAAUGCCAGCAUACAUGUUUUCUUCGUCAUUUCUGCCAAUUAUAUUGCACAACAUGGACAACAGAGAUAGUGUGGUGGCAAACUCGUGGCUUGAAACCCUCCUGAUAUCAAUUGAUUUCCUUCCAAAAGAUGUCAUUAAAAGAGAGGUCCUUGGUAUUGCCAUCUCCAAGGGUCAACUGUCACAGUCAGUGAAUUGUAGACUGGCAAGCUGCAAGCUUCUUGGACAAAUUGCACCAAAAUUUGAAACUUACUGGAUCAAAAAGGAGCUUAUGGCUUUGGUAGCAUCACUAUGUCAAGAUGUUGAUUACGAAGUCAGGGCUUGCAUGUGUCAACAGCUGGAAAGUAUAGCAAGAGCUCUUGGGUUAGAGAGCACGCAAAGCAUUAUCAUCCCAGAGCUUGUUGAGCUUACAAAUGACGAGGAAACUAGUGUGAGACUUGCUGGACUGGAAACAAUCACAAACCUACUUAAUCUUCUUGAUGAUGAUACCUGCACAUCAGUUAUUGUUCCUUUGGUUCAAAAGUUCUGUGAGGAAAUUCCCAAGCAGUGUUCAGAUUCGCUCCUCACAGCAGCACGGUUAUUUGGAAAACUUUCCCAUGGGUUAUCAAUUAACCUUGAUGAGACUCAAAAGAAAUGGUUCUUGGAGUUCUACAAAAAGAUGUGCCUCUGUGGCAAUCCAAACAAAAAUAACAGAGUAGGCAGUGUAACACUGGCACUCAAGAGCUCUGUUUUAUCUGGUGCUACUAUUGAAGAUGAUCCAGAAGCUGAAUGCCGAAGAUGCUGCGCUUUUAACUUUCCGGCCAUGCUUCUGUUCUGUGGUGCAGCUGGUUUUCAGAGCGAGCUAGCUGCCACAUUUCAUUCACUCGUGGAGGAUCCUCAUGCACUGGUCAGACGAACUAUAGCAUGUGGAUUUCAUGAGGUGGCGAAACUUUUAGGGACAAAUGUUGGAUCUAUUCAACAAGAUUUAAGUAUAUUAUUAAAGGAUGAAUCUAUAGAGCUUAAUAAUUUGUCAAACCUUAUACCAUCGCUGAUCGCUUGUGAACUCGCUGUGGAUUCUUCAAGUAACUGGCGCCUCCAUGUACAACUAUUAGAGAAGUUUUCAUGUUUUCCCAAGUGUUUGACGUCGGAUCAAAUAUACUACAAGUUUGUACCGCUGUUCUUCAGAUUAUUAUCAUCAAAUCGUGUUUUACCGGUCAAGUUAGCAGCUGCACACACACUGUGUGUUUUCAUUCGAUACAACAGAAGAUUUGAGCAAAGACAAGAAUUGUGCUGUAGACUUAUACAAGAAUGUGGAAGAGGAAAAAGCUACAGAAGUAGACUAUUAUUCAUAGAUAUUUGCAAGUUCAUAAUGGAAUUAUUUUCGCGUCGAUUUUUCAAGGAGAAUUUCUUUGAAUUUUUAUUAGAAUUGGGCUCGGACCCUGUGUUAAAUGUUAGAUUAAAGUUCUGUAUAGUUCCUCCGCGCCUUAAAUCGUUGCUAAAGUUACCGUCAGACAGGCAUUUGUUGCAACAACUGGAGCAGUGCAUUAGGAAUCUGCUGAGCAAUGAAAAGGAGCCUGACGUGUGCAAUGCAGUCAGAGAGGCGUUUAUGAAGUUGGAUAAAACAAAGUAUGAAGACGACAAGUUAGAUCAACAGAAAGAAGAGGAGGAAAGACUUUUAAUAGUCAUGGAGGAGAAAGAGAGAGAGGAACUUGCUGGGGCAAAUAAGGUUUCGGAUCCCAGAAGGAAAGGCAGCAAAGAUGACAAGAGAAAAGUUGUUGCGGCGAAAGGGAAGGCAAGUAAACCUGAAAGUCAUUCAUCACUCAAGCGUACGCCUUCUAACUCUGGAUCCUCUUCAACUGGCGUGGCCAAAGCAUCUCAGAAGACAGUACCACAAAGAAACUCUGGAUUAAAGGGCUCACCGUCGUCCAGUCUUCAAAGACUUCCCAGCCUUUCUUCUGCCCUCCCUAGCACAGCUAGUCCGAGCACAAGUUCGACAUCUGCCGGGGCCUGGAAAGGAUCACUAAAUGCAAGUGGUAACCCUGCGGCUCGCAGUACUUCAUCGACGAGUGGCGUCAAAACGGCGUCAAAAACAGCUAAGGAAAAGACGAGUGACAAAACUGCUGCUGGAAAAAGUAGAAAACCUAUUUCAGUUAGUUCCUCAAACUCCAGUCGAGGAGGGUUUUGAUAAGAGGUCGUUGUAGAACCGCAACAGUACGGGUGGUCAUACCUUUAAGUGUUAAUUAAGAUGACUAAUUCCAGUGGACUAGAAGGUUUAUUCGAGAAACAGCAUUCAACAGAGGCGGCCAUCGUGACAAGAUUUCAACUGAAGGACAACGCAGGUCAUUUUAAAGGUUUUCCAGGGACCAUCCCAAAUUGUUGCGUGACAGCAUCUUAGCGUGACUCUCACGCAAUUUACCGGCUUACUGCUUUGAACUGAACUGCGGCAUCGCCGAUUAAUUCAAAAGCUGUAUGUGUAUUAUUUUUCUUACGGAUUCAAUAUUUACCACAACAUUUCAGACAUUUAAAAUCAAGCUUCUUUCUUGAAGCGUCAUAAACCCUUUCGAAUUGCCCGUAGACAAGUAUUUAGUUAUUUGUCGAGGCAAUUUUUGUUCGGACAACUAAGGCACUUUGUAAAUAGUGUUCGAAAUUCUUCUCCUUAACUCGCAUAUUUUACCAGAACGCUCGUGACUUAAAGCAUCCUUUAUACAAAAGAAUAUUUAAAGUUGAUCUUCAAACAGUAAUACACCGAUCUAUUCGAAGCUUUAACACCCAUCCGGCAAGCCACGGGCAUUUGACUGUCUCCUGAUCCCGCGGGAUGGGGAAUUUGAACCUUGUCUGGGUGCGGUGGGGAAUUUAAACCGAAACUACUAAGUCUUUCCAGCGGAACGCAUGUGUUUUAUCUUUUAAUAAGGUGUUUGAAAGUAUAGAGUUCGCUUUCGCGAGCAGAUGGCUCUUGAGAAAAUGUUUACAAGAAAGAUGCGGUCGCUGAUUAUCAACUGUGCCACUUGGGUGGGGCAUUUGAACGCGAUUUUGGCCCGGGGGGGGCAGGAAUUUGAAUGAACUACUCUUAAAAAUGCCCGUGAGAUUGUCUGAGGGGGGGGGGGGACGUCAAAGCUUCCAAUUGAUCGACGCAUAAUCUCGAUCAAUGAUUCAUGUAAACGUAAGUUAUGGAAUGUGACUAAUCUCAUCUCACAUUGGAGAAUAAACGCUUCUUUAAAGUUAUGAUAAUAAAAACGUGCUUAAAGA